CAUGCGAUGGGGAACUGCUGCUGGACGCAGUGCUUCGGGCUCCUGCGCAAGGAAGCGGGCCGGCUGCAGCGGGGCGGCGGCGGCGGCGGCGGAUCCAAGUAUUUUAGAACGUGCUCAAGAGGGGAACACUUAACGAUAGAGUUUGAGAAUCUAGUAGAAAGUGAUGAAGGGGAAAGCCCAGGAAGCAGUCAUAGGCCUCUUACUGAGGAAGAAAUUGUUGACCUUAGAGAGAGGCAUUAUGAUUCUAUUGCUGACAAACAGAGAGAUCUGGAUGUGAAAAUUCAAAGAGAGUUAGCCUUACAAGAAGAGAAGUUAAGACAGGAAGAAGAAGCUUUAUACGCUGCACAGCGUGAAGCAGCCAGGGCAGCAAAGCAGCGAAAGCGCAUGGAGCAAGUAAGACAGAGAGUUGUACAGCGAUAUCAUCCUUCUAACUAUGGAGAAUACCAAAGUUCAGGACCAGAAGAUGAUUUUGAAUCUUGUUUGAGAAAUAUAAAAUCACAGUAUGAAGUUUUUCGAAGUAGCAGACUCUCAUCAGAGGCCACAGUGCUGACACCAAAUACUGAAAGCAGUUGUGACUUAAUGACCAAAACUAAGUCAACUAGUGGGAAUGAUGACAGCACAUCCUUGGAUCUAGAAUGGGAAGAUGAAGAAGGAAUGAAUCGAAUGCUUCCCAUGAGAGAACGCUCUAAGACAGAGGAAGACAUCCUCCGGGCCGCUCUCAGGCACAGCAGCAGGAAGACUGGAAGUAAUCCCACAUCAGCCUCUGAUGAUUCCAAUGGACUGGAGUGGGAGAACGAUUUUGUCAGUGCUGAAAUGGAUGACAAUGGCAAUUCUGAGUAUGCUGGAUUUGUAAAUCCCGUAUUAGAACUAUCUGAUUCCGGCAUAAAACCACCAGAUACAGAUCAGCAGAAACGAUAGGGUAAGAGUGUAUGGCCCUUUAUUUUUGGUUAUGACCAAAUGUUUAAAACUAGAAUGUAUAAGUGGUAGUGCAGAUCCUUUUUGUAAGAGGGAGAGACAAACCAUGUUGUAAGUGCUUAUUAUAGUGGAGUAGGAAUGCUAAGGGACAUCUGCGUGGCUUCAGAAUUAAGUGCAAUUUCAUCAUCUGCCUUCUGCUUUUCAAAAACAACGGUUCUAUCAUACUAGAAAUUAAAUUUACUUAAACUUUUUUCUUUAGCACAUUCCUGCUGAUGUAGUUACUUUUAAAAAAUUAACUAUUGCCUUUUACUUUGAAAUUUCUCUUAAGUAUUUCAUUACCUAACUGUGAAAUUAUCAAGUCAUAUUUCAUUCUCAGCAGAUAUGGAGAGAGAUCGUCAGAGUUAGGAUUGUGGCUCCAUGUUCAACAUUGUUUCUGAGGCUUAGUUCAAUUUCAUUAUGGAGUUAAUUUAAGUAGAUGACCAUAAAGAAAUGCUGGAGUUUCCAUUUCUUUAUACAUCUUCUAGUGUGUUGAUAUUGCUUCAGUUUUAACAAAGGUUAGAGUGUGCAAACUUGCAGAGUUGGGACACCAAGUUGGUGAUUAAAUUAAGAUUUAAGUAAAAAUACCUAUAUACUUAGGUUUUUCACUUCCUUUUACAUGGCACUAUAAAUUGAGUUUAGAUUAAUUGGUGUAUUAACUUUCCAGGUCAUUUUUUUUUUAAUUCUGUAUUUCCAGUAAAUAGUCUAGAAAGACUUGACACAGAAUAUACUCUUGGUGCAUGAUUUAUUAAGAAAUGAAAACUGAAAAAGGUCAUACGGGUAUUUCAAAGUAAAUAAAUCCUUUCUGGUUUGAAAGGACCCAUUGAUUUUUUAUUAAGCUUUCCUUUGCCUUGUAAUACAAGGUGCUUUAAUGGGAUAGAACUAAGUAUGUCAAUAGAUGUAAUUGCAUUAUGUAAUAAACAAUUAGUUCUUCUUUCUCUAAAGUUUAUUUUCUAUCACUUUAAAAGAUUAAGACUACAAAAACUCCCUAAUUGUUUAUCUUGAUUUGCUGAGGAUUGAGUAUGAUUUAAAUAAGAAUUUUUUUUUCUUGUAUUAUGUUUUCUUUAUCUUGCAACAGUGACAGUGCAUGUUCUUAAAAAUAUAGGAAGGUCCAGAUAUAAAAUCACUUAAAUUUCUUGCUGUACUUUAAAAAAAUCAUGUGGCCCUUUCAAUAUUUGAACUGCUAGGCAAUGGCAUAGUAUCCUUUCCUUGCUUAUCUCAUAGAAAGUAAAUGUAAUACUUCUAAUCUGUAAAUAAAUUAGGUAUGAGGUCAUUUAUGUCUAUCCUAAGUUGUGGCUAUUUCUCUGGAAAUAAUUUAAAUGCAAUCUAUAUUCACAUUGCUUGUGUUAUGCUUUUUAAAAUUUAUAAACAUCAAGUGUAUAUUUUUGGUUUGACAUAGCUACUAUUGUAAUUUUUCUUGGCAUUUUGUUCAUAAAGGACUUUUUGAAGUAAUGGUAACUUCUCAAGGAUUGUGAAUAAAAAAACAUUUUUUACUUAAAAAAAAUAAAGUAUUUGGUUAAUACUA